AUGGCAGCAGCCAUGGGUCCUCGGUAUCUGUCCGCAAUGGACCUGGUCAUAGCUUCAUCAGCUCAUGAGGAUUACUACCCGCGCGCCAUCCAAUUGCACGGUGUUAACAAGCGCUUUGAUGCUACAACAACAUCCAAGGACGUGUACAAGCAGUGGGAGUUGCCCAAGCGGCCGCCGCCCAUUGCCCACCCGGCGCGCACCCUCCUGCCCUUUGCAGCUACCUCCGCCUACCGUGACAGCUUCCCUGCGCAUCCGCCGCAGCAGGUCUACAAGCUUGAGGCAGUGCCCUACAAGGGCAGCGAUGUGAAGUUUGACGCGGAGUCUACGUACCACUCCAACUUCCCGGCAUUCCAGGUCGAGCCGCGCCCGCGCCCGCCGCCGGCCGUGGCCGCCAAAAACCCGGCACGCUUCGACGGCACAACCACCAACGGCGAGACCUACAAGGCACACCAGAUCGAGCCCCACCAGGUGACACUCAAUGCUUACACCUACACUCCAACCCCCUUUGGCGACGGCACUACCGAGAAGCAGGAGGCUUACAAGGCUUGGGAUCUGCCCAAGCGGCCCCCCAAAGUCAUUCCACCAAUGCGUCCGACACUUCCCUUCGCAGGCACAACAACCAGCCGCGAGGAAUUCAAGGGGUGGCAGCUGCCCGAGACGAGGGGCUCUUUGGGAAUCGCCACCAUCGGCGACAAAAUGCAUGUGUUCACGACGGUUCACCCUGGUCAACGUGAGGUGUGCCUGAUGCUGUACCGGGGCGAGUCGCAGGUGGCAUCGCGCAACAAGCAGCUCGGCCAAUUCCACCUAGUGGGCCUGCCCGAAGCCCCCAUCGGCGUACCCCAGAUUGAGGUGACAUUCCACCUGAGCGCGGACAAUAUCUUCUCGGCCGAGGCGCGCGAAUUAGACUCGGGACGUCACCACCUGUGGCAGAACAGCGACGGCGGCGCCAUGGUUGCAGGAGGAAUUAAUGCCGGCGACCUGAAAGACGGCGUGCUGCAGGCUUGA